CACGAGCAACCUCCAAACAUCAGUUGAGGUUGACUUUUCGUUGGCAUCAUGAAGCUGUUUUUGGUUUUCGCAUUCUGCGUUUUGGCCGCCAGUGCCGUUGAGCACAAGAUGAAUGGUGAGAAUGGCUGGUAUGUGCCCCAAGUGGAUGGCACUUUCCAGUGGGUAGACAAGGAUGCCGCCGAGUCAUACUUGGAAGCUCAUCAGGAGAUUGAGGGUCGCAGUCUGCUGAACCCAGUCACUUUCUACCUGUACACCAAGUCCAACCUGAACUCUGCCCAGGAGAUCAAGGCCAACAAGAACUCCAUCGAUGCCUCCCACUUCAAUCCCAACAACCCAACCCGUUUCACCAUCCACGGCUGGACCUCCAGCGCUGAUGACUAUGUCAACUAUGGUGUGCGCGACGCUUGGUUCUCCCACGGUGACAUGAACAUGAUCACCGUCGACUGGGGCCGUGCUCGUUCCGUUGACUAUGCCUCCUCCGUCUUGGCUGUUCCCGGCGUCGGUGAGCAGGUUGCCGAUCUGAUCAACUUCCUGCGCAACAACCACGGUCUGUCUCUGGACAACACCAUGAUCAUUGGUCACAGCCUGGGUGCCCAUGUGUCUGGCUUCGCUGGCAAGAAUGUGAAGAACGGACAGGUGCACACCAUCAUCGGUCUGGACCCUGCCCUCCCCCUGUACAGCUACGACAGCCCCAACAAGCGUCUCAGCUCCACCGAUGCCUACUAUGUCGAGUCCAUCCAGACCAACGGUGGUACCUUGGGCUUCCUGAAACCCAUUGGCAAGGGCGCUUUCUACCCCAACGGUGGCAAGAGCCAGCCUGGCUGCGGUAUCGAUCUGACCGGCUCCUGCGCUCACAGCCGCUCCGUCAUCUACUAUGCCGAGGCCGUGAAAGUUGACAACUUCCCCACCAUGCGUUGCGGUGACUACGAGCAGGCUGUGGCCAAGACCUGCGGCAGCUCCUACAGCUCUGUGAAGAUGGGUGCUGUUACCAAUGCCUACAUGGUUUCUGGUGAUUACUAUGUGCCUGUCAACAGCCAGUAUCCCUAUGGCUACGGCAGCUAAACUGACCAAACUGAGUAUGCGUUUUAACAAUUAAAAUCAUAUUGCUAAAUUGA